CAGAUGUGCUCAAGGAUAGAGUUGAUAUAAAUAUAUUGAAGAGAGAAAAAUGGGAUCAUCAGAUUCUACACCAGUGCCACGGACACCAUCACCACCACCACCACCAAAUCCAGAACUGGAUAAACCAUGGAGGAAAUUUAACUGGGGCAGCUCAAAGGAUUCACCAUCAGAAGUGGGAAAAAAACAUUGCCCUUCGUCUUCAAAGACAUCAUGGGAUUGGAACCUGCAGCAUUUAAAGGGUCGCAUACAGAAGAUAUCAUCAGUGCUGUGUUUGGUCACUUGAAGGACGGCUAUAAAUUCAACGAAGAGGAGCCACUCAAUUUUAAGGAUCAACAAUUCAACCAAAACCCCAACCUCUCCGACCAGUGUUUCUGCCUGGUUUACGUCCUACCUGCGGAUGUAUUCCAAUACACAGAUGAUCGUCUUAUUGAAAAGCUGAAGAUCAUCCGCAAGAGAAUCAGUGAUAAGGGGAUUCCUCAAGUGGUUGUCAUGACUAAAAUGGAUGAAGCAUGUCCACUAGUCAAUAAAGAUCUGAGGAAGAUGUACACUAGCAAGAAAAUCAAGGAGAAGAUGGAGUUGUGCAGUGCUAAAUUAGGUGUGCCACUGACAAACAUAUUCCCUGUGAAGAACUACCACAAUGAGAUCGACACAGAUGAUGACAUUGACGUUCUGUUACUAAAGGCUCUUGAACAGAUUGUUCAGCUUGCUGAUGACAGAUUAGAGGAUAUUGAUAGCUACUGAGAAAAAUAAAGUAAUUUCUGCAAUU